CUCUGUGUGCCGACUGCAAACAUGCAGUUCUGGGAUUUCCUGGGCUGCACCAAUGGAGAUAUUUCCAGAAUAUCAUACUACGCUGAAUAUGACGGCAAGUUAGCCCCUGCCGGAGCAUCUGAGUCAGGCAUGGCGUCGUCAUCCUACCUGGAACCAAACCUCAAUCACUCGGCAGCGAGUGGCUGUGGGGUUAAAUCCCGGUCUGGGAUGCCUGGAGGUCCGGGUGUUGGUACCAGCGGCCCGGCUGCAGGCCUUGAGCGGCCCACAGCCUCCAUGGACCGGGUUCUGAAGAUCUUCCAUUAUUUUGAAACAAACAGCGAACCGUGCACCUGGGCUAGUAAUAUCAGGCAUGGAGAUGCUACAGACGUCCGGGGUGUGAUCCAGAAGAUAGCAGAGAUCCACAAAUUGCGUUGUGUGUCCUCUCUGGGCCUCCGUCUCAGCCAUCUGCACUCUGAUGCUCUCCAUUGGUUACACCCUGAUUUAGGCGUGUGUCACGUCAGGGAGAAAUAUGAGAAACAGCACCCCCAGGAGGAGUGGAGGUAUGAGUUGCGGAUGCGGUACCUUCCUAAAGGUUACCUCAGUCAUUUCUCUGAAGACAAACCCUCUCUUAACUACCUCUAUCACCAGGUAAAAAGUGACUACAUGCACCAUAUAGCUGAUCAGGUGGAUCAAGAUGUAGCUCUAAAACUGGGCUGCUUGGAAAUUAGGAGGUUCUUCAGAGAGAUGCCAGGCAACGCCCUAGACAAGAAAUCCAAUUAUGAACUACUAGAGAAAGACGUUGGCUUAAGAAGGUUCUUCCCCAAAAGCCUCCUGGACUCCCUAAAGGCGAAGACUCUUCGUAAGCAGAUCCAACAAACCUUUAAGCAGUUUGCUAACCUCAACGAUGAGCAGAGCAUCCACAAGUUCUUUGAGAUACUCUCUCCCAUCUACCGCUUCGACAAGGAGUGCUUCAAAUGUGCUUUGGGGUCUAGUUGGGUAAUAUCGGUAGAGUUAGCUAUCGGACCAGAAGAAGGAAUCAGCUACCUCACAGAUAAGGGCUCAAUGCAGCCAACACAUUUAGCUAACUUUAACCAGGUGCAGUCCAUCCAGUACUCUCCUUUGGAAGAGAAGGACAGGAAAGGCAUGUUGCAGCUCAAUGUAGCAGGAGCGCCAGAGCCCCUCACAGUCACAACGGCAUCGCUGACUACGGCAGAAAACAUGGCUGACUUGAUUGACGGCUACUGUCGGCUCGUCUCCUUAACUUCUCACUCUUUCAUCGUCAGAGUCCACAAAGAGGGGGACAGAGCUCUGCCAUCCAUCCCCAAAGUUUCAAAUCAUGAGAGGCGGAUGGAAAAGCGGAUGGAAGGAGUACGGACCCGGGCUGUUUGUGUCUCAGAAACGGACGACUAUGCUGAAAUCAUAGAUGAAGAGGACACCUAUACCAUGCCUUCAACAAGGGACUAUGAGAUUCAGCGAGAUCGUAUUGAGUUGGGACGCUGCAUAGGAGAGGGUCAGUUUGGAGACGUCCAUCAAGGAGUCUACAACAGCCCGGAGAACCCGGACCUCUCUGUGGCCGUGAAGACGUGUAAGAACUCAACGUCAGACAGCGUCAGGGAAAAGUUUCUCCAAGAAGCAUUGACCAUGCGUCAGUUUGACCACCCGCACAUCGUGAAGCUGGUGGGAGUCAUCACAGAGAAUCCAGUGUGGAUCAUCAUGGAGCUCUGCACACUCGGAGAGUUGCGGUCCUUCCUCCAGGUGAGGAAGUACAGUCUGGACUUGGCCUCUCUCAUCUUAUAUUCAUCCCAGCUCAGCACGGCACUGGCAUAUCUGGAGAGCAAGCGCUUUGUACACAGGGACAUCGCAGCACGGAACGUAUUGGUGUCCACAGCUGACUGUGUAAAGCUGGGGGACUUUGGUUUGUCUCGAUACAUGGAAGAUAGCUCUUAUUAUAAAGCUUCUAAAGGUAAACUACCUAUUAAAUGGAUGGCUCCUGAAUCCAUCAACUUCAGGCGAUUUACCACAGCCAGUGACGUCUGGAUGUUUGGCGUCUGUAUGUGGGAGAUCCUCAUGUUCGGCAUCAAGCCUUUCCAAGGUGUGAAGAACAACGACGUCAUCGGCAGGAUAGAGAACGGCGAGCGCCUGGCGAUGCCCCCUCAGUGUCCUCCUACUCUGUACAGCUUGAUGACAAAGUGUUGGUCGUAUGAUCCUAGCAAGAGGCCACGCUUCACUGAACUCAAAACACAACUGAGCACUAUACUAGAGGAGGAGAAGCUCCAGCAGAAGGAGAGGAGCAGGAUGGAGAUGAGGAGGCAGGUCACUGUAUCUUGGGACUCCGGAGGGUCUGAUGAAGCACCACCAAAACCUAGCAGACCAGGAUAUCCUAGUCCUCGCUCCAGUGAAGGUUUUUAUCCCAGUCCCCAACAUCCUGGACACUACCAGAUGGCAGGAUACCCCGGCCCUCACACCCUCCCCUCGGUGCCCAGCGCCCUGUACCCGCCACAGGCCACCAUGCUGGACACACACCACGCGCACACACACCCCCGCCACCACGUCCACACACACUCUCAGCACCUUCCCGUUCCGCAUGGACACGACAUGGCACUAUGGGGCUCAGCGAUGGAGGACAGGGCAGUAGACAUGCAGCAGUGUGUAGGCCAGCAGUGCCUGUUUAUGGAGGAACAGCUGAUGAUACAACAACAGCAGAUGGAGGAGGACCAGAGGUGGCUGGAGCAGGAGGAAAGGCUGCUGAAACCAGACUCUAGAAGCUCUAGAGGGAGUCUAGACAGAGAAGACGGUGGACCUCAACCACCGAAGAAGAAUUUUCACUUUUAUAUAUCGUUUCCUGCAGAGCAUGCAGCUCCCCCAAAGAAGCCCCCCCGACCCGGAGCCCAGAGCAGUCUGGCCUGUCUAAACACCGGAGACAGCUACAACGAUGGAGUCAAGCCCUGGCGGCUGCAGCCUCAAGAGAUCAGCCCGCCCCCCACCGCCAACCUGGACCGCUCCAACGACAAAGUGUACGAGAACGUGACGGGAUUGGUCAAGGCUGUGAUCGAGAUGUCGAGCAAGAUCCAGCCAGCUCCUCCAGAGGAAUACGUUCCUAUGGUUAAGGAUGUGGGUCUGGCGUUGAGGACACUGUUGGCCACAGUGGAUGAGACUCUACCACAGCUUCCAGCCAGCACACACAGAGAGAUCGAGAUGGCACAGAAGCUCCUGAACUCUGACUUGGCCGAGCUGAUUGGGAAGAUGAAGUUAGCCCAACAAUAUGUGAUGACCAGUCUGCAGCAGGACUAUAAGAAGCAGAUGUUGACAGCGGCUCACGCUCUUGCAGUUGACGCCAAGAACCUAUUGGAUGUCAUUGACCAAUCAAGGCUCAAAAUGAUGUCCCAGUCCCGCCCACACUAGCCCUACGACAGCUGAGCUGACCAACAGGACUUGGUCUAUUAUUUAAAAGAGAAGGCAUCAUUCUGGUAACUGUUAUCAAUGGAAAAUUAGAGUUACGUCAAGUGAGAGUUAUCGGAGCUGGCUGCUUUAUGUCAAAGGAGAACGGCUCUGAUCUUUGUCCAUGAAGAAUCAUUAGAUGUUGUAUCCUGUGUAAGCCGAGGUCUUCUCUCCACCACUGUGACUUUCGUAACACAAGAACAGUGCAAAUCACUUCCUGAAUCAGGGACCUGGCAGCUUCGCACUCUCUGGACUGUAAUAUAAUGAUGAGAGGAGGAAAAGCAAAAAGGAGAAGAUUUUAGAAUUAUGAGACUGAGAAGAGCCUGAUUCCUGGGGUUCAAAGACCACCAACAGAAACACUAUCAUGGGAUCUAUUUGGAUCUGGAAAUGUUGACACCUGGUGAAUUAGUCUUCGUCGGAUAACACUCAAAGCCAUCAGACCCUGAUCAGACUGCGUUUGAUCUGCACCAUAUCUGCAUGAGCCGUCAGCCAGCAGCCAUUAUCAGUACAUGUGUGGAUAUUGUGUGUUGUGACCCCUGGAUGUGACAUUUUUCCUUUGCUGAAAUACCUCCACAUCGCCUUUGAUUCUUCUGAAUGGGCACUUCCAAUCACAUGCUCAGCUCCCGGUGCUUUGGGUGGAUGCAACAAGGACAUUCACAGUAAAGACAGCGAAGGCUUGGUUUGGAGAAGCAGCCUCCAUCGCUCCUCCCGUUUCUCUCCUCCAUCCACUCCCGUCUUCCCUCCGUCUCACCAGGUUUUAUUUAUAGACUCAGACAUUGCAGAGGAGGAGACGGAGGGAAAGAUGGGUAUUGAGGACAGUUCUAGAGGCGGUCUGCUGCCUGAAGAAGAAAAAACACACUUUUAUCGUCUUUUUUCUCUAUUUCACUCACUUCCUUUUGACUUUUUGUUAUCACUGUUCCUCUCUUUCGUGACGUCUUCCUCAGCUCCUCUCUGAGCCGGUUUUUAAAGACUCCAAAAUGUGAAGAAUCCAACUCUGUCUGUGUAAACACCGCAGUCAGGAAACACCCGCCUCGCACUCAAUUUAGUUUAGUCUUUUUAUUAGCUGGCUCCAUGUUUUACGUGUUCACAAUCUUCUUCCUUUUUACUGAAAACUGUUUGUAACAAGCAGAUAUUCAAUCCCAGCAUUGACUCUGAUGAGAGUUAAAACAGAAAAUAAAGAAGGUGGAUUUUGAGGAUUCACUCUGAGUGACUUAAUACUUCCAAUUUGUCCUGGAGGCAGAAAAGGACAUCAUGUCUCAGACUAGUCACUGGGUGUCUCAUCUCGUUUCUUCCUCCUCAUCGACAAUCCCAAUUUCAUUCAGUUCAUCAAACAAGACUGGUGUCAUGCUGUCCCCUCACCCAUUGGUGUCACAAAGUGAAUUUACUGGGGACACAAAUAAACCUCACAACUGGAAUUUCUGUGCUUUGAGUUUCGAAGUUACUGUCAGGUGUAACUCUUAAAAUAUGUUCCUCUGAAAACAAUCCCCAGGGAAACACACACACACACACACACACACACACACACACACACACACACACACACACACACACACACACACACAGUGGAGCCACAUGACUGGAACUUGUCUUGCAGACACAAAACACUGAACUGAAAAAACAGCAGCCCACACGUUGUGUCUUUGUUAAUAGUGACCCCACAUGGAGUAUGACAUAAUUCUAUAUGAAAUAUACUGGUGGCUGUACUGGUAUAGCAUGAUAUACUGGUAUGAAGAAGAGCAUAUUUGCACAGCCCAAAAAAAAAAUAUCGUACUUUUUUUUAACUCUAUUUUACCCAGAUUUGAUCUCCAGGUUUAGGCAGCAAUUAAACUGUCAAAUAUCUGGGUGUUAUAGGGGUUGAAAAAAAGGUUAAAAAAACUAUCUAUUUUAUCUUGUCGUUGCGUAAAUCUGCUCAUGUUGGUAUCUUGUAAGCUAUACUGGUGUGAACCACUGGUGAAUUGUACAGAACUAGUAAACACUGGUUUUUAUUUUGUCUUCUGGGCUACAUCAGCCAUCUUGUCAAAUAGGAGGAGGAAAAAACAAUGAAAUAAAAAAAAAUAAU